AUGGCUUUUUUCUCUACAGAAUAUAACGGGCCACCCUGUAAAGGUUACUGGACAGAAUUUUUCAACCGAGAUACUCCAUCCGACGAUUUUGACCUGGAGACUUUGUUUAAAAUCAGAAAGGAAUAUGGUCGAAGAGUCUGUCGAGAGCCUAUUGGUAUUGAUGCUAGACUUUUGAAUGGCAAGGAUUAUUCUACAAGUGGUGAAGUUGUAGUUAUCGGCCCACGUUAUGGAUUUUCUUGCAAGAAUGAAAACCAGUUAGAUGGAAAAUGCGAAGAUUAUAAGGUCAGAUUCUGCUGCAGGUAA